GUGCGCAGCCCAAAUUUUUGGUUACGUCUGCUUCCUAUAAAUCUCAAAGCCGUUUUAGGGUUUUUAUUUUAUUUUCAGCUGUAGAGUGUCGAUUUUUAGUUUAGUUUCAGCUCGUCAUGGAUCAUUACGAUGAUGAUAUGGAAUCAGCAGGGGCGAACUCUUACAGCGAUGUUGAAGAUAUCGGAGGCGAUGAUGAUGUUGAAGAUACUGAAGGCCAUGACGACGAAGGCCGUUUGCAUGAGGAAGACAUAAUUCAAUCACAGAAAGGUUACGUAGUUCUCAAGGAAGAAGACAUUCGCAGGCAUCAAAGAGACGAUAUCGGAAGGGUUUCCACGGCUUUCUCUAUAAGCCAAGUCGAAGCGAUCGCUCUGCUUCUUCACUAUCACUGGCACUUUGGUAAAUUCGAAGAGGAAUGGUUUUCGGACGAAGAGAGAGUCCGUGAAGCCGUAGGUAUACUGAAGGAGCCCGUCGUUGAUGUUCAUGGUCAAAAACUCAUCCAAUGUGGGAUUUGCUUCGAAUCGUACACUUCAGGGGAAAUCGCUAGGGUUUCGUGUGGUCAUCCUUAUUGCAUUACUUGCUGGGCGGGUUACAUCACUACAAAAAUCGAAAGCGGUCCGGGAUGUUUAAGGAUUAAAUGUCCUGAGCCUUCUUGUUCCGCUGCGGUUGGUCAAGAUUUGAUCGUUAAGGUUAGUAAGGUAGAAGAUAAGGAGAAGUACUAUAGAUAUUUACUUAGAUCUUACGUGGAGGAAAACGUAGGGAGAAUAAAAUGGUGUCCAUCACCGGGAUGUGAAUGCGCGAUUGAUUAUGGUGAUGGUGGGACUGGAAGUAGUGAGACUAGUAGUUAUGAUAUUACUUGUUUGUGUUCGCAAAGCUUUUGUUGGAAUUGCAGUGAAUUAGAUGCUCACAGUCCUGUGGACUGUGAAACCGUGUUAAAAUGGACAUCCAAGAACGAGGAUGAGUCCGGGAACAGGGAUUGGAUUGUUGCGAAUUCAAAGCCUUGUCCUAAAUGCAAUCGUCCGAUCGAGAAGAACGACGGAUGUAACCAUAUGACAUGCUCAUCUCCGUGUAAACAUCAGUUUUGUUGGAUUUGUCUUAAACCAUAUAAGGAUCACUUGGCUUGCAACAGGUUUGUUCAUGAUCAGACUGAAGAUACGAGAAAAUCUAUUCAAAAUGAAAUCGUGAGAUACACGCAUUAUUACCUAAGAUGGGCAACUAAUCAGUCGUCGAGGCUAAAGGCUAUGAGUGAUCUGGAGAUAUUGCAAUCGGUGCAGCUUAAGGAGCUUAGUGACACACAGGGCAAACCAGAAACUGAGUUUGAGUUCAUUGUAGAGGCAUGGCAUCAGAUCAUCGAAUGUAGAAGGUUCUUGAAAUGGACCUAUGUGUAUGGAUUUUACCUACCUCCUCGUGAACAUGCCAAGAAAGAAUUGUUCGAAUAUUUGCAAGGGGAUGCUGAAUCAAGUUUGGAUAGGCUUCAUCAUUGUGUAGAGACGGAGUUGAAACAGUUUAUCCAUAAAACUGAUGCUGAUUCAACCAAAAAGUUCGAUAGCUUCAGGAAGAAAUUAAUUGAUUUGACUUCGGUAACUAAAAAAUUCUUCGAAAAUUUGGUGACAGCUUUGGAGAAUGAUCUUGCUGAUGUGACACACAAAGGGAACGAGUCAGCAGCACAAGGAUCUGAUUUUAGCCUCUACCACCAAAUGCUAAACACACAAUUAUCUUAUGGUGAAGGGUUCGUGGAAGAAUGGUUAGAGGACUAUAGUGACGUCGUUUGACACGAGCCUUCUUAUUUCAGAAGACAAAAGGUAUUAUUAUAUGAAGCUCAUGCGAUCUCUCUGCAUCGGUUUAAUAAUAAUUCCUUAGUUAAUUCUUAGCAAUUUGGAUAGUCUUUUCUUUUUUUGUUUUUUUUUCUUCUCUUUCCUAUAAACCUUUGGUUAUUCUCUAUUAUGAAAUGAUUUUUUUUUUCUUUUUCACGUUGCUACUCGACCUUAAAAUUUUUGAUUACUUGAUCGUACACAAUUUUGAUCAAAACAAUUAUCAU